AUGACAACCCCCAAUCCAGACAAUACGGCCCCUGAAGCCGACCUUCCUACCGGUUUUUCGCAUCUUAGCUUAUCUACGGCCGCCUCUGGAGCCGGGACAGACUCGACGUUCUACAACACCUCAUCCUCGCUGUGGGCGGCCGGGGCUUCCUCCUCUUACCCAUAUGUUGACCCUGCAACUGUAUAUGUGGAUCCUCAGUCGCAUCCCCAAAAUUCCUCCUAUCUUGCCGCUCAGGUCGGAGACCAGCAAACCGCCAUCGACCUCGGGGAAUACGGCGCUGAUGACACUGCCGGGCCUUCCCAGCCUUACGGACAGUCCCAUGACGGCAACGACAACGCCGGAUCAUCAUCUGAUAAGGGUUUUGUUUGUACGCAUCAGGGCUGUGGAAAAGCCUAUCGUCGACAGUGUGAUCUCAAUAAACACUAUCACAACCACGAAAAGCGGCGAGAAUGCAAGAUUUGCAAAGUAGGCGUCGGCGCGGAAACAAAAGACCUAAUCCGGCACAUGUGGACACACCAUCCCGACGAGGCCAGGGGGGAGAAUCUGCCGAGGCAGGACGAGCAGUGCGAGGAGUGUGACUACAAAGGUCGGAAGGACAACUUGAAGCGUCACAAGGAUAAGAAGCAUAAGAAAUGA